CGGAAAUCGCCCAAAACGGUUCGCCCGUUGGUAAACACAGCCUUAGAAGGGUUACCCUGCAUGUCAUCAUCAUCGGUCUCGUUCCCGUUUUCGUGCUAUAGUGCAGCUUUGUUCGCCGUGUCGCAAGGACGCCGAUCUACAUUAUACCUCAGGGUGGAUGAUUCUUCGAUGGUGGCGGCUAAACAUUUCCGCGCUAGUGGUGUCCCACCAAUUUCGCCGAUGGCCGAUCUUGCGAGUCAAAUACCUCGCUCGUAUAAGCUCGAGAUUAUUGCGACAUGUUCGAUCUAUCUGUCGACAUGCUCUGCAACAUCCCUUGUUUUCCUCGAAAAGAUGACCGGCUCGUCCCUAGUGUCUACCUCAUAACUCUCCGACCUCACCGAUCUCUUUCAUUCAGAUACCCAGGACCAUGUUGUCCUCCGCAGAACCCCGCUCACAGACCCACGAGAUGGAAAUUCUCGCAACCGAUGCUCCUCUCGUCCGAGAACUUACAACUCAAAAAGACCUGGAACACUACGCUCCAGCAGCGGCAGAAGAUCCGAUUCCUCAAGACACUGCGGAAAAUGACGAACAGGCACAGUAUGCAGAAGGAGGGUUCGGCUGGACGAUCGUUCUAUGUACUUUUAUCAUAUGUUUUCACUUCAUGGGUAUCCUCUACUCUUGGGGAGUCAUCCAGUCGUCACUCCUUAGCGAUGGCUUAGCUAGCUCGAGGCUAUUGAGUAUCGUCGGAGGUCUCGAGGUCUUUCUCUUCGCUGGAUUCUGCAUUCCCGCUUCAUGGCUGAUCGGACGUUACGGGGUGAGAAACGUCGGUCUAGUCGGCGUCUGCACAUCCGGCGCGUCCUUGAUCUUAUCGAGCUGGACGACCAAGAACCUGGGAGGUUUGAUCUUCCUCCAAGGGAUCAUGUUCGGUUUGGCAUCGGGGACUCUCUUUAUGACUUCUUAUCCGCUUCCCAGCCAAUAUUUCCUCCGUAAACGGGGUCUGGCUACUGGGAUCACCUCCGCCGGAGGAGGAGUAGGCGGAGCCGUCUGGUCAAUCAUUAUCGAGCGGUUGAUUGAGAAAGUCGGUCUGCCUUGGACCUAUCGGAUCAUGGGUCUGUCCACGCUGGUGUUCUGUUUGCCCGCCGCUUGGAUGUUACGUCCAGGUUACCGCGCACCUAAACCCGGUCCUUCAGCAACCGGAAUCAAGGAACGCAGUAUCCUUCGACAAUCGAUGUUCUUGCGCGUCUUAGCGGCGUGCUUUAUCGUCUCCUACCCGUUCUUCAUUCCUCCAUUCUACGUACCGCAAUAUGCGGUGUCGGUGGGCUUGUCUGCAUCGCAAGGAGCCUUGUAUUCGGCCUUGUACAACAUCGCAUCCGGCAUCGGUCGACUAGGAUUUGGGAUAAUAGCGGACUUUCUGACCGGCAACCUGACGUCAUGGGCCCUUGCACUACUUUCGAUCCUCUUGUCGAACUUGUUCGUCUGGCCGUAUGCUACCAAUUCGAGCGGGAUCAUCGGGUUCGCCUUCUGGUGCGGAUUGGGUUCGGGCGGGUAUUUCAGCUUGCAAUCGAGCAUCGUCGCUCAGAUUGUGGGCACGCACAAGAUCAAUCAAGGGAUCGGUUAUAUCGAGCUGGCAACAUCUUUCGGGUACUUUUUGGGUCCCAUCACUGCUGGUAUCCUCCUAGACGCCUUUGGUGGGUCCGACCAAGGAGCGAAACCUUACCGACCCGCCAUGUAUCUUGUCGGAGCGACGACGACGGUAUCGUUCCUGCUCGUCGUCUGGGUCAGAAUCAGUUACCAAAAGAGGCUUUGGUCCAAGGCCUGAGCUGGUUGGUCGUGUUUCUCUAUUGUUUGUGCAUGAAGCUAUAAUGUUCGGUCUUGUUCAGAUUACCUCUGGGUUCUUGAUGUUACCCUGUCAUAUGUAUUUACAGCGAUAAACAGAGAUUCUCGA